CGAAAUGGGUUGCAAAAAUACAAAGAGUGUGUCAAAACCGAUACAAAUUGAGGUCAAAAGUGCUAUUCUCCUCACCCCAGCUAUCAUUAGGAGGAACUUAAAGACGGAAAUACUCUUCAACAAGAACAAGAUCAGGGAGAUCUCUGAAAGUAUUACGAUAAAAUAAGGCUGAAUAUUAUACCAUGAAUAAAAGCAAAGCUAACGAAAAGAAAAUUAGGGAAAUACUUGAAGAAAUUCAAAAUUUAGAAAGCAAGAAAUUCAUCAAAGAGACUCAUAAUAUGAUUCUUGAUUUACACCUAGAUACUGCUGCUCCUGGAUGAUAUCCUAAUCAGAAGUUCUACAAGAAAUUCAGAAGUAGAAAUGGAGGCAUGUCUAAAUGCUCUACUUUGACUUCAACCAGACUCUACUCAGAGACUAACAGAAGUGCCAAUCUCAAAGAGAUUACCAACCUUACAUGUACUGAUUUUAAUCGUCUGAGAAGUAAUCCUCUUGAUGAAGGAAAAACAGAAGGAAGAUGGCUAUAUUUUGGAAGGUUGGAAUCGAUAGCAGACGAAGAACCUGAAAUUGCUUUUGAAUCUUAAAUUAUUUACCAUAAAAUGAAGAUAAAGUUAGUGAUCCAGAAGGAUU